AUGUCGCUAAUCGUUGCUUUAAUUAUUGGAACAGGCCAUGAGUUAGAAGAUGAAAUAGUUUAUCAAUUGGGAAGAAAAGGUGUAUGCGUUUUAUUUUGCUCAAAGAAUGAAAAUCAACUUGGACGGAUAAUAAAGACGUUAAGUGAUGAAGAUAUCCAGCUUAAAUUUGUUUUUCUCGAUGCUAUUGAUCUUGCAACAAUUGAUAAAGUAAUUGAACAAAUUGAUGUACAGUUUAAGAAAUUAGAUAUUUUGAUUAACCUUGGAUUAUUACUUGAUAAUAAUCACUUUAAAAUACAUAUUAAAUUUCGUGAAGGUCUUCAAGCACAAGAGUUUUUCGAUGCAUUGAAUGUAUCACAGGCAUUUAUACCACUGCUUCAAAAAUCUGGUUCCGGUAGUUUAGUUAAUGUCUAUGGUGAAAUUAGCAGUGAUAAUGUCAGAUCAAAAUCAUUGCGUGGUUUAUUUCAUGAUUAUUCAUCAAAACGUGCAUUGCAUAAGUUUAUGGAUCAAUUUGAUAAGCCGUUCAGUAAUACGAAUAUUAAGAUUAGUUCUGUUGUACUUGGUGAUGACUCGAAUGUGCAAACCAUACAACAAGAAGCCAGUCGUAUCGUGGAUUUGGCUAUGUUGCCUUUUGUUACACCUUCAAGGUCUGCAACAAUGCGUAUUAUUUACGGUGUAGUUGGUGAAGGAAUGGGGCAUGCAACAAGAUCCAAAGUUACUUUGGAAAAGCUUAUGAAAGAACAACAUCAUGUCAAAGUGGUGGUGAGUAAUCGUGCAUACAAGUUUCUUCAUGAUAGUUUUUCGAAUCGAUUCCCACGGUGUGAUACAGCUAGUGAAGGUGAAGCAGCUAUCGAUAUAGUUGAAAUUGAAGGCUUAACAAUGCAAUAUGUUGAUAAUGUAUUUAAUGAAAAAGCUUCAGUAGUACAUACAAUGCAACGUUUGCCUAAUAUACUUGACAAAAAUCUUGGUGCAUAUUAUCGAAAUUUGGUUCAUUGGAAACCUCAGGCAGUUAUUAGUGAUUUUGACAGUUUUGCGUACCUGUUUGCUAAAGCACAUGGACUACCAAUUUUGUCGAUCGAUAAUCAACACGUUGUGCAACGGUGUUUCAUUACAGAAGAAGCAAGAGAAUCAGAUCCAAAAGCAUUCCUUGCUUACAAAGGCUUUGUUAAAGCGAAACUUCCACGGUGUGAUUAUUAUAUCAUUACAGGUUUCUUUACUCCAGAAAUUCGUGAAAAAUACAAAUCUAAAACGAUGCUCGUUCCGCCUAUUCUUCGUCAGCUGAUUAUCGACGCAAAACCACUACCUGCUGAACAAGGUGAACAUUUUCUUGUUUACCAAAGUAGCAAAAGUGACAUGUCUCUUAUCCCUAUUUUGCAAGCAUUUGGUGAAAAGUGUGUUAUUUAUGGACUUGGUCGCGAGGAAAAGAUUGGCAAUUUAGAAUUUAAAGGUUUUUCCGAACAGGGAUUUGUGGAUGAUUUGGCACGCGCCAAAGGUGUAAUUGCUAAUGGUGGACUUUCUCUUAUGAAUGAAGCAUGGUCUUAUUCACCACAUGGAGGAGAGGCUGAUGGAACUUUGCUUGUAUAUAUGCGCGAUGGUUCACUUAUAGCAUAUGUUGCACAUCCAAAUCAUAUUGCCUGGCAAGACAGAAACAGUUGGGGCACUGAUAUAUCACAAUCAGGACCAAUUGCACUUGCAUAUUUUCGAAAUCGAUUAUCAAAGAUAUUAAAAGUAUAA